UGAGCACCCCGCCACUGAGCACCCCUCCACGACCACGACAAGGUGAGCUCCAGCACGCAAGAAACCACGAGAGAGAGAGAGAGAGAGCGCGCGCGCGCGAAGAGGAAGAGCGCGGGCGGCGACGGCGACGAGCCGGGGCAAUUUGACUGAGGCGACGAUGGUGGUGCUCAUGGAGGAAUUCCACGGGCUGACGCUGAAGCGGAAGGGCGCCGAUGAGCCGGAGCUGUUCGACGCCGGUGCCGACGACCGCUCCGGGCUCCCGCUCUCCUGCCGCGCGACCAAGAUGCGCCGCCUCGCCCUCGCGUGCCCCGCCGGCGGCCCUCAACACCAGGGCGCGCCGGCGGAGGGCGCGCCGGCGACGGGGCAGGAUGACGUGCCCAUGCGCGACGACGAUCCGGCGCCGGCCAGCGCCGGGGACGAGGAGGUGAGUGCCCUGGCGUUGUACAGCGGCGGCCGGUUCUACUGCGACGCCGCGCGCGCGCCUAGCGUCGCCGUGCGCGGCGGGGCGGACUGGGUCCGCGCCAUGCUCCGCGAGGCCGACAGCAGGACGGUGCGGGAGCUGCUCGCCGGCGCCGCCCGGGAACAGGGCUCCGGCGACCUCGCUCUGGCCGUGGUGCCGUGGAUGCCACCGUCGCCGGUGGGAGAGGAGGCAGAGCCGUCAACGGCCGUGGAGGAGGAGGAAGGCGACGAGGCGGGCGCGGCGGCAAUGGACGUCGAGGAAGGCGAGGGACCGGGCCUUCGCUGGACCGGCCAGGCGUGCGCCAACGGCGCCGCCGACGGGUUCGUGUACCGGUGGCCGCAGCACUGCCUGGCGCCGCCACAGAUGCCGGCGAUCGCCCAGCCGAGCCCGGUGAUGUGGUCGUGGUGAACACCAUGUGCGGUAGCAGUAGACUGUAGAAGUGUAGAGGACAAUCCACGACCACGAGUGCGCACCGAUUCCCAGUUGGAAUCGACGCCAUUGGCGUCAGGCGAUGGCAUGGGGGGUUCGUGCAGAGAUAGGAUCAGCCUAGGUUUUGUACCUUACCAUAUUCGGAUGGCCUGUAUUUUUUUUUCCGUCCAUGUGUAAGAAAGAUGAAGCCAGGGGCAUGUUUGGGCCGUGUUUAGAUCGUGGCGUAAAGGCAAUUUUUUUUUUGCAAAAACAGCGUUUACGCCUUUACGCAUCUAAACAGGUUGGUUCAUUUUUUUUUUUGCGAUCGGAGGCCUGCUCGGCCGCCGCUGGCUGCCUACCUACCCCCACCCCUCCCCGCGGCCCGCCCCAUUCGGCCACAAC